GGUGCUACACUCGGAAACGGCAUUAAAUACGUAAAAUCUGUCAAAUUUAUCAUUUUCAGUCAGCUAACCUUGAAGCGGAGCCGUAAAGGCUGCCGGACUUUGACUGGAAACAACUUUUUGGGCGGGUUGGAGUCGCGGUAGGGAGUCGUGGGAGUGGCCUGCAGCGGUGUCCGGUUUUAAGCUCACACGUGGUGGGCGACUUGGGCUUUACUCACGACCACAAACUUCACUUGUGCUCGACUCAUGCAACAGGGUGGGCCGCGGACUGGAGCACACUGACCUGAGCAACAUGCCGUCUUACCCCCUUGGCCAGUUCGCUGGCCUGGACCUGGACGAGAUGAUGUCAAUUGUUGAGCCUUGAUCUGAGGGAUCCGGACAGUCAGCUGUCAUCGAUCGGCAGAGCAAUGAAGACGCCAGGCUUCAUCAGUCAGCAAUGUAGCUGUGACACAUCACUCUCCCUCACCACCCUUUCCUGUCUCGACACCGGCCCCUCAGAUAAUGUCUUUCUGUCCUCCAGUAUGUGGGGGCAGCAGCCAGAGAACCAUCAAACUCCCCAUCCUUCCAGCCAGUGGCGUAAGCAAGGCUUUCUGUCUCAGCGCUCGGUCAGCAUGGUGGAGACCGGCAGUACCGCAGCAGCAAGCCUAGGCUGGCCUGGCGCAGACAUGAUGAUGAACGGGCAAGAAGGCAUCAGUCCUACUGCACUGAACCCCAGCAUGUCUUCAUCCACCUCCUCUGUCUCCUCCGCCUCGUCCCGCUACAAGACAGAACUGUGUCGCUCUUUUACAGAGAGCGGUAUGUGCAAGUAUGGAGGGAAAUGCCAGUUUGCCCACGGGCCUGACGAGCUGCGUGAUCUGAGCAGGCAUCCGAAGUACAAGACGGAGCCAUGCCGCACCUUCCACACCAUCGGCUUCUGCCCCUAUGGGAUCCGCUGCCACUUUGUUCACAACAACGAGGAGGAAAAAAAUCACCUCUCCCACUCCUCUUCCUGUUUCUCCUCAAACUUUGUCCCCCAGUCCCUUCCCUCCUCACGCUCCAACAGAAUCCCGCUCAUCAAACAGAGCAUCAGCUUUGCUGGGUUUCCUUCUACUCCCCAGCAGGCUCUUCCUCCUCCUCUUCCUCCUUCUGCAUCUUUCACAUGUGCUCCAUCUGCCUCUCCUCCUUGUGCCGACAUCACUGACCUCCUCUCUCAAGUCUUCUUGGAGAUGGAGCCUUCUACCCUGGAGGCCUCUACUGCCCCACAGUACCAGUCCCCCGCUGCUGCAGAUCCACGCUCUCCCUUCCUGCCAUCCCCAGACUCAGGCUGUUCUCCAUCUGGUCCAUCUCCGUCUUUGUCUCCGUCCCUGAGACAGAGCCCCGGUGCUUCGACGCUCUUCUCGCAAUCUCUCGGCACGCGAUCCCCGUCCUACACCUCUCUGUCAGAUCAGGACCAGGAUGGGGGCAGCUCGGCAAGCUCGCUUAGUGUAUUGGAGGCGUGUGGUGGCAACAGUGAAGGAAAACGCCUCGCUGUAUUCAGUCAGCUCUCAGUUCCUGAGGACACAACUGGAUUGUGCCUUUAGGUAUACCACAGACACAUCGAUUCUCUGCUGACUUCCGUAUAAAUACAGCAGACACAUGUCGUGAUCAUACACACACACACACACACACACACACACACACACACAACAACAGGACCUAAAGUGUGCCAACAGAUACUUUUUUUUUUUUAGGUGCCAUAAAGAGGUUCCCCUAUCAGGUCCACAAAAACAGUCUAGAUGAGACAGAAGUGCUACGAGUGUCACUUCACCACUCUUGUGAGACAUGAGCCAAAGCCAGCGACGUUCCACUUUGUAGUUGGGCACGUUAAGUGUGGCGGGAUCAGGACCACCAUGUGGCCUCACAUUUUAGGAAGCGUCUUGCAGUAUUGUUUUAUAAGCUACGUUUUCUUCCUAACAGUGUGAGGUUUUGUUGAGGUCACGGGCCUCGGGUGGUAAGCUUUAAAACAUGUUUUUAAACAAAUUAAAAAGUACCUGUAGUGUUACAGAGCAGGUCAUGUUGAAAGCUUUUCUAGUUUGCGCCAGAAAGGUGUGAUGGGAAUGGGGGGGGGGGCAUCUUUUUUUUUUCUUCUUUUUUUUUUUUUCUUUUUUCCCCCCCCUCUUCACCAGUCAAGAGUUGCACAUCUGUUUUGGUUAAUGACAAAACAAUCACAAAGAUAUUGCUACAUUAAAGUCACUUACAUUUUAAAAAUGACCUCUGAAAUCGGAUAGUAUAUCCAUGUUGGAUGCUGUAAUUUUCACAGUGUACUAAUAAUAGUAAUGAGGAUUGAGUUUAUUCAGUGAGACAGUCCAACUAUUUUGCAUCUUGUUUAAUCAGUUAUGAUCAAAAAGGGGCUUUUGGCUUGAAAUAAUAGCUCAAACAUUCCAACAUUUGGGAUUUUGUCCUUCCAACGGGCUCUGUUCUUCCGAUGAGCAUCAGUAUUAACCCUCUUUGUUCCGGUGUCGUAUUGUAAUGAUUGCGCAGAGUUUGUUGCCUCACUUGAGCCACAUCCAGCGCACUGUAGCCUUUUGUAUGCUAAGCCUUUUAGAAACGUUAUCAGGCUGUGUUUCUGUGUGUUUAAUGUAUUUUGUUAGAUGACCAUAUCGUCUUCUAUUUAAAAGGACCUUUUCACCUUGUUUUGAGGCUUGCUUAGUAUGGUAGGUGAUAGUCUUUAGUAAAUUAAUUUCUUUAAUUUAUUUUAACAUAUUUAUAGAGGACGUUGAGUUGUUAAUGCUUGUAUCAAGUUUAAUAUAUUUGAGUUUAUUUUGCAUUUUUUGUACUGGAAAUAAAGGUUGUUUUUUUUUUAAAUUAUAAAUGUCUUGCUGCCCUCAUUUAGACUUUUCUGAAACAAUACUGUUGAGCAACACACUUGGGCAUCUAUGCAGUAUGAGGUUGGGUUAAAGAUUAGUACAGGACUAGUAAAACUUAAACCAAUGGGCCACAACUGCACAAUCAAAUCAGUUUCGAUAGCGACUCAAGACAGGAUAGGAAACGGAAACAGCUUUUGGUAUGAAGCAAUGUAAC